GACAGCCUCUAUACAAAUAUCCAGGUACACCUUCGUUCUAGCACCUGGCCGUUAUUUGUUUGGUCUUUACUGGAACAUACUUUUUUUCAACUUGGACACCGAUUCCCACCAUGGCGGAAAUCAAGAACACCAGCAAGACGUUCACGCUCGCCACCGGCGACAAGAUCCCCGCCAUCGGUCUAGGAACGUGGCAGUCUCCCAAGAAUGAGACUGCCAAGGCUGUUAAGCACGCCAUCUCGGUCGGCUACCGCUACAUCGAUACGGCCUUUGCUUACGGCAAUGAGUCCGAGGUGGGAGAGGGUAUCCGCGCUUCCGGUGUACCGCGCGAGCAGCUUUGGAUCACUACGAAGCUCGACAACCCCUGGCACAAGCGAGUAGCCGAGGGUAUCGAUGCUUCUUUGAAAAACCUCGGUGUCGACUAUGUUGACCUAUACCUCAUGCACUGGCCCAGCUCCACUCGCCCCGAUGACCUGAAGAAGCACUACGAUGACUGGAACUUUCUGGACACGUGGCGCGAGUUGCAAAAGCUGGUCGGCACUGGCAAGGUCCGCAACAUCGGCGUGUCUAACUUCGGUAUCAUCAACCUCGAGAAGCUUCUGAAUGACCCCUCUACCAAGAUCAAGCCAGUUGUCAACCAGAUUGAGCUCCACCCCAACAACCCGUCACCAAAGUUGGUUGCGUACUGCAAAGAGAAGGGCAUUCACCUAACCGGUUAUUCUUGCUUGGGUAGCACCAACUCGCCCCUUUACAAGGACCCAACGUUGCAGGCCAUUGCCCAGAGCAAGGGCAAGACUCCACAACAAGUCCUCCUUCUUUGGGGUAUCCAGCAGGGCUGGGAUGUCAUCCCCAAGUCUAUCACGCCGGAGCGUAUAGAAAGCAAUUUCAACAUAGACGGCUGGGAGUUGACGGCGGAAGAGAUUGAAAAGCUAAACCACUUGCCGGAUCGCUUCAAGGUCUGCGGGGACGACUGGUUGCCUAUCAAGGUCUUCUUCGGUGAUGACGAGUAAUUUGACGUCUCGGAUAUAAACGUGCGCUCGUGUUACGUAUGUUACGCAUCUAGACUAGACGGAUAGAUCUUCAAUGAGU